CAGUGCCCGACGCCCCUCGGCCCCCUGAUCCCCUGACAUGCCUCCUGCGGUCAUGAACAAAAUUCGAAAAUACCUCGGCCGCGCUCAUCAUCCAUUCCAGUCCGCUUGCUCUUCGCCAGUCCCGCCUCGCUCUCCCUCGCGCUCGCUCAGCAGCUAAAGACUCGAGAAAUUCUCUUCAUCCUCUCCUCCCUCAGCUCACUGACAACUGUAUCAACCUCACAGAGAAAAAAUAACAAACACGGCUCUUGACGAGCAGCCACUUCCAUCUGCCACCACCUGCCACACCAUGCUCGCCACCCUCCCCCGCGCCGCGCCCCGCGCAGCCCGCCGCCUCACUACCUCCCACGCCCUCCGCUCCCCCCUCGCCCCGACAUACAACCACUCGGUCCGCCCCGCCCUCGCACCCCCCUACAACCACCCCCUGGCCCACGUCCCCGAAUCCGACCGCCUCAAGGCCCCCUACGCCUUCUCGCUCCUCAAGGAGCACAUCUCCGAGCCCAUCGGCCCCACCCCCACCGAGUGGGUCUCGGGUCUGCUCGAGACCAAGGCUGGGCGCGAGUGGGUCGAAGCCGCGUGGGACGCUGCGCUCAAGGACCUCGCUGAGCAGCCGGCUCCCACCCAAGUCUCGUUCCAGCACCUUGGCGAGCACCUUGCCGAGAGCGUCAACGCCAAGGCGCUGCAGCGCAGCGGUUCGCUCGUUAUCCGCGAUGUGCUGCGCGACCCCGUCGCCGAAGCGUGGGCGAGCGAGCUGACCGAGGUGCUCGUGGCCCGCUCCCACUCGCCGACAUACUACACGGACGCGCAGAUUGCUGCGCGCGCCGACCCCUCGGUCCUCAGCGCGACCGGCCAGGCGCUCAAGGCCUUUGUCCCCACCUCGUCUCCCGAAAGCGCAUUUGUGCGUAUCGACGCCGCGGCCGUCGCCCCGGCGCCGCCCACCUGGCUCGGGACGGAGCUGUGGGGCGUCGACGACACCGCCUCCCCCGCUACACCAGUGCACGCGCACCUCGCGCUUGCGCGCACCGAGAUCAAGGUGCCGACGUCGGCAUCGGCAGCGACAUACGCUCUCCUCCGCCCGUUCUUCGCGCCCAAGAAGAGCCGCAUCUCAUUCUACACGCCGACGGGAUACACCGAGGCCGCGAACUGGGCGCUGCGCGGCGGCAAGCCCGAGCUCGACGCCGAGCUCGUGCACGUGCGUCCCGCGACCGUCUCCCUCGCCCCAGGCGACGUCCUCGUCACCCACGCCGGACUGCGCCUGCAGGCCGCCGACGCCGCAGGCCUCCUCCUCCCCGUCCACCCGUUGCCCGCGACCGAGGGCAACCGGGCGUACGUCGCGCUCCAGCGCGCGAGCUUCGAAGCCGGCUUGCCCCCACCCCACGUCCCGGCGGACGGCACGCCCAUCGCCCUCGAAGAGGGCGGCGACGUCACCAUGAUCGAGUCGUGGGGCGGCCGCCGCGCCCUCGGCUACGGCUUCUAAACGGCUUCCACCUGAGCCCAGCCGAGCCGAGCCCAAGCCCAAGCCCUCCAUCUGCUUGUGCAUAUCCGCCAUUCAUCUGGCCACAGAGCAUAGCUCCGACCGCCUCGCCGGCGCCGCCGCGGUCUGUCCGCAGGCCGGGCAGCCGUGCUAGAGGCUGCGCGCCGUCAUCGGCGGCCUUGCAGCGUAUAACUUGUACAACUGUAGCGUGUUAAUGAAAUUGUGUACGAGCGG